CCAUACUUCCUUCUUCGUCUUCGGGGCGUUGGUUUUGUCGUCCCUGUCUCCUGACCUUGAGUCUUCUUAAAAGCUAGCAGCCAUCACCUCACAGCUCCGGAUAAACUACACUGAGCUCUGAGGAGCAUUUCUCUGUCAAACAUGAAUCCGGAUCCUGAAUUUAAGAUUUUUCACACCGCUUAUAGAUCGAUAAGUUUGUUUGGAUGUUUUUGCAUCAGGAUUUUUCCACUUUUCCUGCUCGCUGCCCUGAUGUCUUGUUGCGCAGGUAAAUUCAGAGGAAAAGUGUCAGAGGGCUCUGCACCAGUGAAGAUCCAGGUCUUUGUUGGUCAAACGGUCCUGCUGCCCUGCAGCAGCCCUUACAGCGAUGAUGACCCAACAGUAGAGUGGUCCCACCAAGGUGUGAAUGUAAAGAUGGCCUUCGUGUACCGGCACGGCUGCGAGACCUUCCAGGAGAAGCAUUUUGCCUUCUACCACAGGACGAACCUCAUCUUGAAUAAAGUGCACGAGGGAAACUUUUCGAUGUGGCUCUCCAACACGAAGCUGUCUGAUGCAGGAAAAUUCGUAUGCAAGCACGUGCCCCGAGUCGUCGCAACGGUCGAGCUUUUUGUUGUUGCCAUUUCGGAGCCAAAACUCUCCGUGGUUUCAGCUGCAGGUGAUGAAGUGACUCUGCAGUGUGAAGCGAGCUGCUGGUUUCCGGAGCCUGAGAUAACAUUUUUGGGCAUUCAGGGAGACAUCAGUGAUGCAAACACUCAGACUGAUCCGAGUACGGGCUGUUUUACAGCCACAAGGAAAGUGACUGUGCAGACUGCCGAAAGGGUAACCUGCAGAGUUCACCAACCUAAAAUAAACGAGAUGAGGCUCGCAGAGAUUAUUAUACCAGAUAAGUGCAUCAGGAGGAAAGAGAGAGAGGAAACAUCCUGCACUACACUCACCGCCAUCAUUGUUGUGUUAAUCAUUGUUAUAAUUGGAUUAUGCGCAUUAAUUAUCUUCUUAUACAAGACAGGCUACAACUUCAAAAAGAGUCCUAAAAUGCAGCCACCACAAAGUCCAAUGUGCAGCAAUGCUGAAGGUCACAACCUGGGAAAUCAGGCUGAUUUUUCUGUAAUUGUCCCCACUGAGCAUCCGAGUAUCAGUGAACUGGAGUCGACUCUUCAGGUCAAAGACGAGACCAUCCACCAGCUAACUGAACAACUAAAGGACCUCCGAGCUCAGCAGAUUCCUGUUGUGUGCCAGCUUUGCCAAACUACAUUUAACGAAAGUCCUAAAUCCUCAACAGACGUCUCAGAACCAGCGAACCCAUCCUCAGAUCCAUUUCUACACAACAAAAAUCCCAAACCAGCGCCCUCAGAUGACAGCAACCGUCCACAAUUCUCAACUUCUCCUCAGAAACGCGCCGUCUCGUUUCAAACCAUCCAAAAAAGCAGCCGCAACCACAGCAGUCCUACACGUUUGCCAAAGGGUGGCGCUUCCUCAGCCCCCCCUUCAGAGGAAACGCAGGUGGUCCGUUCGAUGAGCGGGUCCAUGUCUCGACCUCGUUCAAACAAGCCUCAACGCAGACACACCACCAUAGCCUCAUGUGAUAACCGCUACACUGUUCGGCAAACUAGUUUUGAAGAUUCGGAGCCGUUGCUGUAAACAGAAUACUUGAACAUCUCGUCAAGAAUAAUCAUGGACGAAAUGACAGACUUUUGAUCAUGAACAGG